AUGGCGGGCUUGGCCAAACAAAGCUCCAUUGGCAGCGGGUUAGCGAGGGUAGCUGCCUCCACUCCCAUUAAGGUGCUGCAUUCCUUGGCAGAGUUGAUGAGCGUAAAGAGUACCGGUAGCAGUCAGGAUGAUGUGAACAGAGCCAGAGACCGAAUGUGGGCAAAGAUCCCAUGGGAGAAUGCUGCUGAUGUAGACGCGAAAGGAGAAGAUCUAAGCACUGCUUGUGACUUCUCUUCUUUCCCUUCUCUUUCGCUUCAGAAGAAAGAUGACAAUGACCAGAGCGAAUCCAGCUCUUCUUCAGAAGCGCUCUUUCAUCAUAGCAAGGGCGAAGUCGAGGCUCACGUGGCUCGGCUCCUGUCUAGACCCAUCCUUGUCGCCAAUGACCAGGAUCGGGUGUGCGAGGAAGACGAAGAUGAGGAAUCUUUCAUUGCGGGAAGCAUCGAGCAUGUACCGCAGCAAAUGCAACAGAACUUGGUGUUAUCCUUUUCGACGCUAGUCCAGUCCAGGCUCAGGGCAUAUGCUACAUUUUUAGCUCGUCAUGGUCUUUCUGUUGCAGCUUGCUCGGAUACUGUUGACGAGGUGGAGGAAGGCGUGUUGGGCGUGGAGCAGAAGUUGGAGACCUUGAUUGGCCUGGGCCAGACGGUAUCCUCGGGUGAUGUCGAAAUCUUGUGCACUGCUCACCCCGGCCUGGCGGAAACACAGGGUGAUGGAGAAGAGGACCUUCAAGUGACCAUGCCCCUUAGUAUGCAAGGUUCCAUCAGUGUAUUCAUUCCAACAUUGGAUGGAGGAUCCAAGCGCCUUGAUCUGAAGAUCCAGACGUCGGGAAGCAUCACUGGUCCUUCUCUGUCCUCGAUCUGUACAGGAAUCUUUUCCAAGGCUUCAUCCCUUCGAGUUGUCCAACUAGACCUAGACAUGAAAGACCUGCUCAGCAGCAUGAAGGAAGGUGCGAAUGACACGGCAUCUCUUAUUGUGGAUAUGACCAACGAUGCUUUCGCCAUUCCAUUGCCUCGCAUGGGGGCUUCUCAAGUGGCAGCAAUGGUUGCCCCACCGCCCCCCGUGAAGGCCGGCCGUCAACUCGAAGCUCCGAGCAGGAAACGCCCGAACAUUGUGGAAGAUGACCGUCCUCCCAUCAUCACCCCGGACCUAACAUACGUAUCUGCUACCACGCAGCAUCCGAGUGACCUGGACCUGGCGGAUCUACUAGAGGGCGACCUUUCAUCGCUCUCGCCAGACAAGUGCAGCAAGAUUGUCGAUUGUGUCUUUGAUACUUGUGAUGUACGGGUUUUUAGGCCGCCCGGGAAGAGAGCCCGUUUCGGCUCGGAUGAUUCCAUUGCGGCAGUGUUCGCUCCUCGCUUGGCCUAA